UCAAUACAAAAGUUGUAUAACGUAAACGAAUGCACACAAAUUAUAAAGUUUUACGUUGAAAGUGCCGGUGAUUUAUCGUUUAUGAGCAAUUUUUAAGUAAUUUUGAACAAGAAUGGCGUCUUUGUGUUUUGGUAAAAGCUUUCAGCUUGCUUCUAGACAGGCUGCUCUUCUAUCAUUUCAGGCAACACGCUCAGCUCAAGUUGCAGCAGCCACCAAAGCAGAAGAACGGCUAAAGAAAUUCAGUAUUUACAGAUGGGACCCCGAUAAGGCUGGCGACAAGCCAAGAAUGCAAACAUAUGAAGUAGAUCUUAACACGUGUGGCCCCAUGAUAUUAGAUGCACUGAUCAAGAUCAAGAACGAGAUUGACCCCACAUUGACCUUUCGGAGGUCGUGUCGGGAGGGCAUCUGUGGGUCGUGCUCCAUGAAUAUCAACGGAACCAACACACUGGCUUGUAUAUGUCGAGUGGAUUCCAAUCUGAAGAAGGCCAUCAAGAUCUACCCACUUCCCCACAUGUACAUCAUUAAGGAUCUGGUCCCGGACAUGAGUAACUUCUAUGCUCAAUACACAUCAGUGGAGCCGUAUUUGAAACGCAAGGAGAAAGUGGAGUAUGGCAAAGAGCAGUAUAUACAAUCCAUCGAGGACAGAGCUAAACUGGACGGACUCUACGAGUGUAUCCUCUGUGCUUGCUGUAGUACCUCCUGCCCAAGCUACUGGUGGCAUUCUGAUAAGUACCUCGGCCCAGCUGUCCUCAUGCAAGCUUAUCGCUGGAUGAUUGACAGCCGAGAUCACUACCAGACAGAGCGUCUCGCUAGGAUGCAAGAUUCGUACUCCGUCUAUAAAUGCCACACCAUCAUGAACUGCACUAAAACGUGCCCAAAGGGAUUGAAUCCAGGCAAGGCAAUCGCCGAGAUCAAGAAGAUGUUGUCUACAUUUAAGAAGAAGGACUUACAGCCUGCUAGCGCUUAGAGACGUCGCUCCGUUCGCUCCCAGACCCGACUUCAACCCGCCUCAUAAGCCAUUUUGAAAUUAUGUCGGACACCGUACUGCAGCACUAUUAGGUUUGGGUAAAUUUGUCUGUAGACACCCAAACUAAAAUGAUGUCUUUUGUAGCGCCGGAAUUCACAAAAGUGCUCGUGGCUCUUGCUUCAAUCAAGAAGUUCCCUCUCGGUUGUCCUCCAGCAGUGCAAAAGCUUUUAUAAUUUCCACCAUAUCUCGAAAAGGCUUAUAAUAGACUCUGCCCCCCCUGUCAUACAGUAAUACAGGAUCCUCGACAAUCGCAGGGUCUAUUCCCUUGGUUAUCAUAGACCCUUUACAAAUCCCUGGCUUUGGCUUUAGAUUCGGCUUAUGUUGGCAUAGUCUCUAAUGUAUGUAUUAUAAAACACCUCUUUAAGUUACUUUUUGGAGUUGAACAAAGAAUUGACUAGAGUGGGAUUCGAACCAACGACCUCCGGAUUAACGUGCCGGCGCUCUACCAACUGAGCUAUCUAGCCCUAUAUUUGCGGUGUCCCUAUUAAUUUUGUCAAUAUCUUUGUUGGUGGGGUGCCAUAAUUUGUUCUAUAAAUUACUUACAGAUACAUAACCAAGAAAUGUUUAGCAGAAGAGAAUGUUACAUUAUUACGUACACUCUGCUAGUAACAAACAUUAAAACAUGUAGAUACAGAAAAAUAGAAUUCCUUAAUAAAUGCAAGAAGAAGUGUUUAAAAGCAGUACGAGUUGGUUGUUUUGAUGAGAAUUGAGUUUAACCAAUUUAAGCUUGUAGCUGUGAAUAAAAUAGGAAAUACAUUGUUAUUGCAUAUCUUCAGUGUGCUUUAAUGGACCACAAUGGAUUUUUGAAUAGGGAAAUGUUUAUCAGGGCCAAUUAUUAAAGCCUGUAAGCAAAUAAAUGUACUGUAAACAGCUUCAUUAAAAUGGGCCCAGGCCUUAAAACAGGUAAAAGGUGUGUAUAACAUAAGUAGGAUUGGAAAAAUGAGUGCUCACGGAUUUGCACUUAACUUACAUUGUGUACAUGUUAUAAAGAUUGUCGUCGUCGUUAUGGAAAACUUUCCUUGAAAUGGUUUUGCCGACAAACUUCAGUUUUUGAAAAAUUAGUUUUAAUUUCGCGGGUCUGAGACCCAAUGUGUGAAACCCAAUGGUUUAAAACAGCGAUGGAUUUUUUUCACUAAUUUCUUGUGACUCUGAUGACCAAUUGAGCUUGAACUUUCAGAGGUUUGUUAUUUUAUGAACAUGUUCGGUCUCUCACAAAAAUGCAGAUACUUGGUCUUUGACAAUAUUUUCACCAAUGUUACCCACAUGCUUUCGAUUUGGUAGGUAAUUUAGUUGACAGCUGGACAGAGUCAAAUAUUCCAGUUAAAUUUAAUAAUUCUAUACUCUGUUUUUGGAAAGAAUUCACACUGUUUUUGGAAAGAAUUCACACAUCCUAUGUGUGCAGAUUACAGUACGAUAGACUACAUUAUCUCAGUCGACUUGGUUUUCAAAAAAAUGUUCAACGUUUUAUUGUGUAAACUUUAGGUUGGUUCAAAUUAUUUUGCAAUAUUUGAAAGGAAUGCUGUGUACAUGAUGUAUACAGUAUUACGGAUAAUAAAACAGACAAUUGAAACAUCAACUGUUUUUUAACUGGUCACAUUUAUUACAGGAUUUCGGGAAAUAUAUUUGUUGGCUUUUAUUUUACAUUAUUGCAUUUACAACACGGCAACAUGCUAUGGAUAUUAAGUAACGCUAUGCUGUCAUUAAAAUUACAAGCUUUCUUGAAAAUUUAUUUCACAAACUGCUGCUUUAAACUAAAGUAUCUCUUGUGUUAUGAUAAUUAUAUUAAGUUGAAAUAUCCACAAGUUGAUCUUUAAAUAAUAUAUAAAAAAAAUUGGGGGGGGGGGGGGGAGAAACAAGUUUUUAUAUAGUCAUGUAUGAUGUAUUGGUUGACAUCAUAGAGCUAUACAGCUCUAUGGUUGACAUGAGUACUUGAGCAGACUGUUGUUUUAUUUUACUGCUAAAUGUAUAAGUACGCCUUCUUUUCAGACUGCUGUUUCAUGUAUUGGCUAUGCAUACAUUGCUGAAAGGCUUAUUCUUCAAUGUUGUCCCUACAGCCAACGACCAUUGCCGUAGCUGAAAUUGUUUCCUUUGGACACAGCCAGAGAUUAAAUCGGAUCAAGUUAUUAUUUGGUGAGGGUUGAUAAUUUCAAAUUUCCAAACUUGACGAUAUGGGCCUAAUUUCAUGGCUCUACUGACCAUAGGCAAAGAACUGCCGCUUACGGCAGCGGGAAAUUCCGUGGAUUAUGUCAAGCGUAUUUCACAGGUUAGCAGGGAAUGUUUGCUUGUGCGUGUGUGUACUCCACAUUACUAGGCAUUCUUCGCUUACGCAGCUAGCACAUAUUUGACGCUUGCACAGUGA